UUGGUCCCGCAGAGAAGUUCAACACCUACGUGACGCUGAAGGUGCAAAAUGUCAAGAGCACGACCAUCGCGGUGCGGGGCAACCUGCCCGCCUGGGAGCAGGACUUCAUGUUUGAAAUCAACCGGCUGGACCUGGGCCUGACGGUGGAGGUGUGGAACAAGGGGCUCAUCUGGGACACCAUGGUGGGGACGGUGUGGAUCCCCCUCCGGACCAUCCGGCAGUCCAACGAGGAGGGUCCCGGGGAGUGGCUGACGCUGGACUCGCAGGUCAUCAUGACCGACAACGAGAUCUCGGGCACCAAGGACCCCACGUUCCACCGCAUCCUCCUGGACACCCGCUUCGAGCUGCCGCUGGAUAUCCCCGAGGAGGAGGCGAGGUAUUGGGCCAAGAAGCUGGAGCAGCUCAACGCCAUGCGGGACCAGGACGAUUACGCCUUCCAGGAGGAGCAGGAAAAGCCUCUGCCCGUCCACGGCUCCCAGUGCUGCAACUGGAAUUAUUUUGGCUGGGGAGAGCAGCAGAACGAUGACCCCGACAGCACGGUGGACGACCGCGACAGCGAUUACCGCAGCGAGACCAGCAACAGCAUCCCCCCGCCCUACUACACCACCUCGCAGCCCAACGCCUCAGUCCACCAGUACCCGAUGCGGCACCAGCAGCAGAGCUCCCGCGACUCCUACACCGACUCCAUGCAGAGCUAUGAGCUGGACUACUCGGACCAGCGGCCCAUCAGACGCUACGGUAGCGUAGACUCUGCCGCAAACGACGCUGAGUCCGCUUCCGCGUCGAGCAGGCGGACCAGCCGCCAGCCUUCCCUUGAGAGCAGGCGGUCCCUAGACCUAUCGGAUAGCCCCACGGGGAGCAGCCGCUACGCCUCGUCGGCCGAGCUGAGCCAGGGCAGCUCCCAGCUGAGCGAGGACUUCGAGAACGAGAGCCUGCGGGACUCGGAGCUGGACGAGCGGGACGGCGACUCCUACCACUCCUGCCACAGCUCCGUCAGCUACCGCAAGGACUCGCCGCGCUGGGAGGAGGACGAGGAUGAUGACCUCUACCUGGAGGAGGAGGAGGAGGAGGAGUUCAACGAGGACUACAGUGAGAAUGAGGAAGGCUACCCCAAGGAGGAGGAGGAAGAGGAGGAAGAGCUGCGGGAGCCGGGCACCUAUGAAGCCUCUGAGCAUGACGCCUUCCCCCCGACGCAGAAAGCGCAGCAGCAGCAGCAGCAGGUCCCGCAGCCCCAGCAGCCCCAGCUGGUCCCGCAGGCGAAGCUGCAGCAGCAGGAGAGGAAGGAGGAGAGGAAGGAGGACAAGGACACCUCCAUCCCACAAGAGACCCCGGAGGCCCAGCGGGGAGUGGACGAAGCCCCCCUGCCAGAGGCAGAGCCUGAGCCUGAGCCCCCCAAACCAGUCGAGAGGGAGCCAGCGGAGGCGGAGGUGCAGGACCCCAAAGCGCGAGCCAAGGCCAACUGGCUGAGAGCCUUCAACAAGGUCUGCCUGCAGCUGCAGGAGGCCCGCGGGGAAGGUGAUGGAGAAGCUAAAUCGCUGUGGUUCAAAGGCGGGCCUGGCGGCGGGCUGAUCAUUAUAGACAGCAUGCCGGACAUACGCAAGCGAAAACCCAUCCCCUUAGUUAGCGAUUUGGCAAUGUCCUUGGUCCAGUCCAGGAAAGCGGGAAUCACGUCCGCGCUGGCCUCAAGCACCUUAAACAACGAGGAGCUGAAAAACCAUGUUUACAAGAAGACCCUGCAAGCCUUAGUGUACCCCAUCUCCUGCACGACGCCCCACAACUUCGAGGUGUGGACGGCCACCACCCCCACCUACUGCUACGAGUGUGAGGGGCUGCUCUGGGGCAUCGCCCGGCAGGGCAUGCGCUGCGCCGAGUGCGGCGUGAAGUGCCACGAGAAGUGCCAGGACCUGCUCAACGCCGACUGCCUGCAGAGGGCAGCGGAGAAGAGCUCCAAGCAUGGAGCAGAGGACCGGACCCAGAACAUCAUCAUGGUGCUCAAAGACCGCAUGAAGAUCAGGGAGCGCAACAAGCCGGAGAUCUUCGAGCUGAUCCAGGAGGUGUUUGGGGUCACCAAGACCACGCACACGCAGCAGAUGAAGGCGGUGAAGCAGAGCGUCCUGGACGGCACCUCCAAGUGGUCGGCCAAGAUCAGCAUCACGGUCGUUUGUGCCCAGGGCCUGCAAGCAAAGGAUAAGACGGGCUCCAGUGACCCGUACGUUACUGUCCAAGUUGGAAAGACAAAAAAAAGGACUAAAACUAUCUACGGCAAUCUCAACCCGGUCUGGGAGGAGAAUUUCCAUUUCGAGUGCCAUAACUCCUCCGACCGCAUCAAGGUCCGCGUCUGGGACGAAGACGAUGACAUCAAGUCCCGCGUCAAGCAGCGCUUCAAGAGGGAGUCCGACGACUUCCUGGGCCAGACGAUCAUCGAGGUGCGGACGCUGAGCGGGGAGAUGGACGUCUGGUACAACCUCGACAAGCGGACGGACAAGUCGGCCGUGUCGGGAGCCAUCCGGCUGCACAUCAGUGUGGAGAUCAAGGGCGAGGAGAAGGUGGCUCCCUACCACGUGCAGUACACGUGCCUGCACGAGAACCUUUUCCACUUCGUGACGGAUUUGCAAAACAACGGGGUGGUGAAGAUCCCUGACGCCAAGGGGGAUGACGCCUGGAAGGUGUACUUUGACGAGACGGCGCAGGAGAUCGUGGAUGAGUUUGCCAUGCGCUACGGGGUGGAGUCCAUCUACCAGGCCAUGACGCAUUUUGCCUGCCUCUCCUCCAAGUACAUGUGCCCGGGGGUGCCGGCGGUGAUGAGCACCCUGCUCGCCAACAUCAACGCCUACUACGCCCACACCACCGCCUCCACCAAUGUCUCGGCCUCCGACCGCUUUGCCGCUUCCAAUUUCGGGAAAGAGCGGUUCGUCAAACUCCUCGACCAGCUGCACAACUCGCUGCGCAUCGACCUCUCCAUGUACCGGAAUAACUUCCCUGCCAGCAGUCCCGAGCGGCUGCAGGACCUCAAGUCCACGGUGGAUUUGCUGACCAGCAUCACCUUUUUCCGGAUGAAGGUCCAGGAGCUGCAGAGCCCACCCCGAGCCAGCCAGGUGGUGAAGGACUGCGUGAAAGCCUGCCUCAACUCCACCUACGAGUACAUCUUCAACAACUGCCACGAGCUCUACAGCCGCGAGUACCAGACAGACCCGACCAAGAAGGGCGAGGUGCCCCCCGAGGAGCAGGGGCCCAGCAUCAAAAACCUGGAUUUCUGGUCCAAGCUCAUCACCCUGAUCGUGUCCAUUAUCGAAGAGGACAAGAACUCCUACACGCCCUGCCUGAACCAGUUCCCCCAGGAGCUGAACGUGGGGAAGAUCAGCGCCGAGGUGAUGUGGAACCUCUUUGCGCAGGACAUGAAGUACGCGAUGGAGGAGCACGACAAGCACCGCCUGUGCAAGAGCGCGGACUACAUGAACCUGCACUUCAAGGUGAAGUGGCUGUACAACGAGUACGUCACCGAGCUGCCCUCCUUCAAGAGCCGCGUGCCCGAGUACCCCGCCUGGUUUGAGCCCUUCGUUAUCCAGUGGCUGGACGAGAACGAGGAGGUGUCGCGGGAUUUCCUGCACGGAGCACUGGAGCGGGACAAGAAGGACGGGUUCCAGCAGACGUCGGAGCACGCGCUCUUCUCCUGCUCCGUGGUGGACGUCUUCUCCCAGCUCAACCAGAGCUUCGAGAUCAUCAAGAAGCUCGAGUGCCCCGACCCGCAGAUUGUCGGGCACUACAUGCGGAGGUUUGCCAAGACCAUCAGCAACGUGCUCCUGCAGUACGCCGAGAUCAUCUCCAAGGAUUUCGCCUCGUACUGCUCCAAGGAGAAGGAGAAAGUGCCCUGCAUCCUGAUGAACAACAUCCAGCAGCUCCGCGUCCAGCUUGAGAAGAUGUUUGAAGCCAUGGGGGGGAAGGAGCUGGACACCGAAGCCAGCGACAUCCUCAAGGAGCUGCAGGUGAAACUCAACAACGUCCUGGACGAGCUGAGCCGAGUCUUUGCCACCAGCUUCCAGCCGCACAUCGAGGAGUGCGUCAAGCAGAUGGGAGACAUCCUGGGCCAGGUGAAGGGCACCGGCAACGUCCCCGCCAGCACCUGCAGCAGCGUCGCGCAGGAUGCCGACAACGUCCUGCAGCCCAUCAUGGACCUCCUGGACAGCAACCUGACGCUCUUUGCCAAGAUCUGUGAGAAGACGGUGCUGAAGAGGGUGCUGAAGGAGCUCUGGAAGCUGGUGAUGAACACGAUGGAGAAGACCAUCGUCCUGCCCCCGCUCACCGACCAGACGGUGAGUGACAGGGACGGGGACCAGGGACAGGGACCCUGGAGCUGUGGCCACACAGGAUGUUGGUGCCAGGGCCCCCCGCUGGCUUCUUGAGGGGUGCAGGCUUCG